GAUCUGUAGUCAUGAAUUGAGGCGGAGAUAUUUUUUCAUUCUGUAGCGCAAAAAAGGUUUUAUAACUUACAAGAACAUAUAUAAAACAUUGGUGUUUCCGAAAUAAAUACAUUCUAGUAUACUGAAUUAUAAUGAAAAUAAGAUUAUCAAGAAUAAUACAACCUAUGAUAAAUAAUUAAGUACUUUAAAAAUUAUAAGCAAACAGAACAGAUAUAAAAAUGAGUAAAAAGGACAUUAUACAAGCCGUUGUGCUUACAGAUGAUUUUGUAACAAGUUUAACACCAAUGCAAAAUGUAUUCCCAAGUAUUUUAAUGCCAGUGAUAAAUGUACCUCUUUUAGACUAUUUAAUUGAAACCCUAAUUAAGUCUAAAGUUCAAGAGUUGUUUCUAUAUUGUAGCAGUCAUGUAGAUUUAAUAAGAGCAUAUGUCAAAGAGAAAAAAUGGUUAAGGAUAACAAUUUCGUUAAUCGUGUCAGAAGGUUGUACUUCCAUCGGUGAUGCUCUCAGAGACAUUGAUGCAAAAGGAUCAAUUCGUGGUAAUUUCAUACUAAUAAGAGGAGAUGCAUUUACUAAUGCUAAUCUAACAAAUGCUUUGAGCAAUCAUUGCGCAAAGCUUGAAAAAGAUAAAGCUACUACUAUGACUAUGCUGUUAAGAAACAUGGGUUCUAUGAAUGAUUCCCUUUUAAAAAGAGAAACUAGUUUAGUAGUUUCUGAUAAAACCAGUAAAAAAAUUUUGCAUUAUAGCAAAUUAAGGGACAAUAACAAGAAAGUGAAAUUAGAAUUAAAUUGGUUUCUAGAUCACAGUGAAGUUGAAAUUAACACUUGCUUUAUGGAUACUCAUGUCUAUUUAUGUUCCCCUUCUGUACUUCCAUUAUUCUCAGACAAUUUUGACUUUCAAACAAUGGAAGAUUUUAUUCGAGGAGUUCUAAUGAAUGAAGAGAUCUUAAAUUCCAGAAUUUAUUGGCAGCAAUUAAAUCCUGAAGAUUAUGGUCUGCCGAUUGUAUCAUGGAAUGCAUACCAUGUUCUUAAUCAUGAUAUUUUGAAUAGGCAUAGUUUUCCACUUACACCAAAUGCCAUCCCAUACUUAAACAAUUUUAUUUAUAUGCCAAGAAGUACUUAUAGACAUAAACUUAGUACCCUCGCUAAAGGUUGUACAUUAGAGAAAGACAGUAUACUGUGCCAAAAUAGUAUGCUUGGAAAUGGUACUUUUGUUACAAGAUCUGUUAUUGGCCAUAAUUGUUCAGUGGGUUGCAACGUAACAAUUAAAAAUUCCUACAUUUUAUCAAAUACUAAGAUUGAAGAUAAUUCUAUUAUCACAAAUAGUGUAAUAUUUCCAAAUUGUUUUAUUAAACAAGAUAGUCAAAUAAAUGGAUGUAUAUUACAUCCUGGAACAAAAAUCAAUGUUCAAGCAGAAUAUACUGAUUCCCUUAUAGAAUCAAAAGACAAUAAAAUUUGCACGAAAAAAAUAUCAGAGAUUGAUAUGGAUAAUGAAUUUCAUUUCUUUGAAGACUAUGAUACCAUGGAAUAUGAUAAUUAUUCUUCGGAUACCAGUAGCGACGAAGAUUCCGAAUGCAAUUCACCAAUUCCAGACGAUACAAAUAUGUUUUUAUCCGAAGUCAUAGACAGUUUACUACGAGGCUUUCAGGAUAAAUUAAAUUGUGAAAACUUAAUUUUGGAAAUAAACUCAUCAAGAUACGCGUACAAUAUUACCAUGAACGAAGUGACGUACAAUGUUAUUAAAGCUAUAUUAAGUUUACCUUUCCAUUAUCUUUCAGAAACGAAAGAAACUGUAAAUAAUCAUAAUUAUCAAAGGAACUUGAAAAUUAUGUUAAAUUACUUCCAUCCGAUUGUUUUAAAUUAUGUUAAAACAGAAGAUGCUCAAGAUGAUUGUUUACGCGCGAUAGAAGAAGUUGCUGGCACUACUCAGGAAUUACUACCAUAUUUACAACACUUACUGCAUCUGUUUUACGAUAAAGAUGUAUUAUCAGAAGACAAAAUUUUGGAAUGGUAUGAAUUUAAUGAUAAUGAUGCAGACACAUUUCAAAGAAAUAAAAUACGAACCGCGAUCAAACCAUUUAUUCAAUGGUUGGAAGAAGCUGAAGAGGACUCUAGUGAUAGCUAAAACAAUGAACUAUGUAUUAAAAUCUUUCAAAUAAAUCUUCUUUUCCUCUAA